CCAAGGUCCCAACAACAAACUUUUGUAGUGCAACGAUGGAUGACUGUGAUCUUGAAAAGCUGUCUGUAAAACCUGGGACGUUAAGUCCCAAGUUCGCAAAAAACGUAACAGACUACAACGUGACUGUAACUAGUGAUGUUGCCAAAAUUACAAUCACUUGCUUGACUAGCGACAGUAAUGCAAGCUACCAAAUUAUCGGAAGUAAAGGCAGCAAAACCUUACCUUUAAAAGAAGGUGAUGUAACACUAAUAAAGAUUGAAGUGUCUGCUGAAGAUGGAACUACCAAAUAUUACAAGAUCAGUGUGAACAGGUUGUCAGCACAAGAUGCUUCACUCAGUAAUAUCAAACUCUCAAUUGGUCAACUUGUGCCAGAUUUUAGUAGCACGACUACUAAAUAUACAGGUACUGUUCCGUGCAGUGUGAGCCAUCUCAAAGUAACAGCUAUUGCUCCAGACAAAAAGACUUCAGUCAAAGUGAAUGGAACAACCUCAGAAAUGGAAGUCAACUUGAAUGUCGGAGAAACAACCAUUGAAAUAGAAGUAACCUCAAUAGAUGGGUCAAAUACACAGCUUUAUGUCAUAGAUAUAAGCAGAAAGUGGUUUCCGCAGAUGGUAAUAUUAGAUGAUCCCAACCUGGCAAUCAAGUUUGAAUGCCCUGUGACCUUAGGCCCCCUCUAUAAACCAGUCAGCAUCAAAGGAUCAGAUCCAAAGCAUAUAUUCAGUGAGCCAAUUAUUGAACUGCUUACUCGAACAUCCAAGCUGGAUCCCUUAGAUGAAACGCCAUUGGAAAGUGAUUGGAAAUUAGCAGAGCAGAAACUGGAUAAUGAGUUAUCUUUGGUGACUGUGAAAUGUAUUUUCUCAUAUGCAGGUUGCACAGAAAAGAUCAAGUUUUCCAAGCUAGGAAAUCAUAUUAAAAACUGCACACUAAAGCCUGUAACUAAAGAAAAUGAUAAGAUAGAAAAAGAGACAUGUAAAGGGUGUAGUCGUAAAGUGAUAAAGAGCGAGGUGGAUUGGCACGGCGCCACCCUUUGCACUGGCAAGUUCACUAAUCGUGAGAUCAACCACAUAUAUAAGGAACAUGCUUGGGAAAAGUCUUUACAGGAAGUGGUUGGAGGUGGCAGUGUGGAGAGCCUCUUACAAAAUUCUCAGCGUUUGAUUAAAAAAUAUAGAAUCGGCUUACCUACACCAGGCCAGACUCUUCGUUACGAAGAAGGAGACACUCCACGAGAUCACCUUCACAGUGCCACUGUCAACCUAGCCUGUGCUAUCAAAGAUAAUCCUAAAUGUGCUGAGCUUCAUUAUAAGCUGGGCCUUCUCAUGGAAGAACAGUACUAUGCUGAGGAUAUGUAUGGGCUAAGGAAACAGGAUGAUGUUGCUGAUGACUUUGGAAGUUUGAUGUUGAAUGCCAAGGAGACUGGGAAAGAGGAAGAGAUUGGUGGAAUCUGCCAACAGCGUGGAGUUGAUCCCAAAGCGCCAUUGUCAAGAGUUCUCCAAGCUAUUGAUGAAGAAUAUAAAUUCCUUUUGGAGUCGGGACAGUCCGGGAAAGCGGAUUAUGUCCAGGGAUUGUACAUAUGGAAAUCGAAACAGGCUACAAAAGAUGGAAAAGCAUCACAAGCGGCAACGGACCAGCAGAACCCUCUAGGCCAGGCCUUCCUAAAAUUCCAAGAUGCCCUGAGCCUCGAUCAGAAUAAUGCCUUGUACAAUAUCCACGUAGGUCGACUGCUUCUGCUACAGGACAAACCAGAAGCAGCUCUAAGCAGGCUAGAGUUGGCUGUUGGAUUAAAACCACAAAUGACAAUUGCACGAUUUUACUUAGGACUGGCUAUUACACAGCAGAAGUCUGGUGCUGGCUCAAGAGCAAAAGAAGCUGCAACCUAUCUCCAUGACGGCCUAGAAAAGUUCUUGGAGUUGGGCCUAUCCAAGGCUGAUUCUGUAGAACAUUGGAAGCCUGAAUUUGAUCUCCAUUCUGAGGACCUUUGGAGAGAGACCUCAGUCCAGCUUUUCCGAGGCUUCCUUCAACUUGGUUCCAUGCAAGCAAAGAUGCCUAUAGAGAAAUUAAUGGGUGCAGAUCAGAUCUUCCACAGCUGUGGCAUAUUAGCAGCGCAGAAUCUUUGCAGCCUCUCUGCCAGGGCCAACACCUACCAAUCGAUGGAAUGGAUCCUUCUGGACUGCCAUUCAAACCUACUGGAGCUGCUGCUGAAGAAUCAAUCUGAUAAUACCAAAUGUAUUGCUCAACGCUGUCAGCAGUUAUCUGCUCUGAUUCGAUGUUCAACAUUGCCCAAGAGUCCAGAUAUUAUGAAUUUACAAACAAAGACAUGUCAAAAAGGCGUGAUUAUCCAGCCAACAAACAGCCAGGCCCUGUGUCAGCUUGGCAAUGCCCAGCUUGCCAUCUAUGAUAAUCAGCCCGACUCAGCUGGGGGCACUGCUAACCUGCAGGCAGCUCAGAUGUCCUUUAGGGCUAGCAUUGCCCAAGAAGGCAAACCAAUCACUGGAGGAGACCUACCAGAACAGUUAAUAGGCCAAGAAUGGUGGAAGUUGAAAGAGAAGAAAGAACAAGAGGAAAAAGCUGCUAAAGAGGCAAAGUCCAAGCCAGCGACUACAAAGGGAGCACCGUCACCAGCUGCAGGGCGGGGUAGAGGGGCUACUGCUAGUAAGACGACCCCAACAAGAAGAAGUGUGUCAAAGGCCGCUCCAGUGAGGGGUGCUACAGCUAGUCGAGGAAAACCUGCUCCAGCUAGGACUCCACCAACCAGAGGUGCGCCAGCCAAAGUAACACCAAGGGGUGGACCAGCUAAAGGCUCAGGGACAACAGCAGCUAAACCACAGCCUAGCAAUCCAGAAAGCACUACUAGACCAACCUCAGCUAAUAAAGAAAGUGAGAAUCAAUCCAAAAUCUGA